AUGCUCCCAACCCCUCAGCCCAGCCACGAUUCGCCUAGCAAUGACGAUCGAGCUGAGGCGAUCCUGGUCAACAAGGCGGCGCUUGACAAGGCGCUUGACACUAAGCAGAAGCCACGCCCUCCCCUGUCCGAUGAAAGCCGUAUUGAUGAACAGGGCAGUUACUUCGUUGGUGUGGUCCCCCCCCCUGGUCCCCACGACGGAGCAUCGGCUUGCUGCCAGCGUUUCGGUCUCACCGUAGCUAAGGUUCCAUUCUUCGGUGGCACCCACCAAUUCCUUAGCCAGGGGCACAAUCUCGUUCUGGGUCGUGGUGAUCGAGAUGCGCACGGGCCGAUUGGCUGUUUCGAGCCGAUUUGUGAAGAUGCUGACUCCCAAACCGCGAGAGUCGCAGCCACGUUUCCUGGCAUGACAAUGCUACCCAAUCAAGAAAGUCGCCUAAGCCAUGAUUCCGAUCCUUCAGUGGAGCACGAGUGCACAAAAGUUAGGGUAUCAUCCGUCCACCUGGCAUUCUCCGCUCUUCCUGCCAGCGCGGCCGCAUUAACGGAGAUUGGGUCGCUAGCGGACCAAGUCUGA